CGGCGCCAAGGGAGAACCCUGGGGGCGCUGUGCUGCAGCCUCUUGGUCCCCGUUACCUGUUCAAGCCCUGCGUUCAGGGGUGCGUCCCUUGCCGCCCCGGUACCCUUACGUCUCUCAGCCCCCGACUUUUGCUCUGAGAGGCCCUGACCGGGCGCCGAGAGGGUGGCGGUGUCGUGUGCUACCGCCCCUCUCCCCCGAAGGCAGCGUCCAGUGCUAAAGAAAGUGAGCUGUUAUAGAGGCGGUGCAAACCCUGAGCAUCAAGAGCGGCACCUCCAAGCUCCUUCCCUGGGAACUACACUCAGCAUCCCAGCAUUAAGCCGCCAUAGCUUUGAGCAUCUGUGCUUUAUCUUGAUUUAUUUUGUUAACAAGAUGUGUCCUAAGGUACUGAUGAGGAUGAAUGUGAUUUGGAGAAAUUAUUUUUCUCGUCUAAGGAUAAGAAAGAUGCCUCACAGAUACCGAAGUAGUUAUCACCCAGUGGCCCCUCUGGGAUCAAGGAUUUUAACUGAUCCAGCCAAAGUUUUUGAACACAACAUGUGGGAUCACAUGCAGUGGUCAAAAGAAGAAGAAGAAGCAGCCAGAAAAAAAGUAGAAGAAAACUCAGCUGUGCGAGUCCUUCUGGAAGAGCAAGUGAAGUAUGAGAGUGAAGCUAGUAAAUAUUGGGACACAUUUUAUAAGAUACAUAAGAAUAAGUUUUUCAAAGAUCGUAAUUGGCUGUUGAGGGAAUUUCCUGAAAUUCUUCCAGUUGGUCAAAAAACUGAAGAGAAGGUAGAAGAAUUAUCAUGGAAUCAUGUAAAAGUUCAUGCUGCAAACUGUUUCUCAAGAAUGCACUGCCCUACUAUGCCUGAAGAAAAAAAUCAUGAUAGAGAAAUUUCUGGCUCAUCAGAUGGUCAAAACAAAGCAGGAUCUGAUUUUUCCAACCUAGACUCCAAAGAACACAGAAAAGGACCUCUGAAGACUGAAUUGUUUCCUGGUAGCAACGCCACUUUCAGAAUCCUAGAGGUUGGCUGUGGUGCUGGGAAUAGUGUUUUUCCAAUUCUGAACACUUUGCAGAAUGCUCCAGAGUUCUUUCUUUAUUGUUGUGAUUUUGCUUCUGGAGCUGUGGAGCUGGUAAAGUCGCAUGCGUCAUACAGAGCAGCCCAGUGCUGUGCCUUUGUUCAUGACGUGUGUGACGAUGGCCUACCCUACCCUUUUCCAGAUGGGAUCCUGGAUGUCAUUCUCCUCGUCUUUGUGCUCUCUUCCAUUCAUCCUGACAGGAUGCAAGGUGUUGUAAACCGACUGUCCAAGUUACUGAAACCUGGGGGAAUGCUGUUAUUUCGGGACUAUGGAAGAUACGAUAAGACUCAGCUUCGUUUUAAAAGGGGGCAUUGUUUAUCUGAAAACUUUUAUGUUCGAGGAGAUGGUACCAGAGCAUAUUUCUUUACAAAAGGGGAAGUCCACGAUAUGUUCUGCAAGGCUGGGUUAAAUGAGAAGCAAAAUCUGGUCGAUCGUCGCUUACAAGUUAAUAGGAAAAAAAAAGUGAAAAUGCACCGAGUUUGGGUUCAAGGAAAAUUCCAGAAACCAUUACCCUUCACUCAAAAAAGCUCCAAAUUGUCCUUAGAGUGUCUCAACAGCUCUCUUCUAUCAAAUGGCGUCCAGGGCUUUCCACCCAGCCCAUGCUCCUGUCCCAGCGCCCAAAGCUGGUGCUGCUUCCUGCUGCUGCCGAGGGCUCAGAACAAAGAAACCUACCCAUCAGUGACUCAAAUGAGAUAAAAGAAUUGUGAUUGGAAGACCCCAAAGACCUUUGAUUUCUACCUUGAAGAAAGAAAUACAGAAGCUCAACACUGUGGCUCCCUCCCCUUCCUAUCACCUUGGAUGGCUUGCAAAGACUUGGCUGUAAGAGAACACCCCAAACCCCACAAAAGAACUACCAGUUUCUGGGCCUGAACCAUUACGAUGGCUGAAGAAACACAGUAUGCGUAGUGCCCAAUCUUGAUUUUUUUUUAUUAACUGACUUUUUCUUGAGGUAUAUAACAUAUAACAAGUAACAUAUGGUUGAAAUGUACAGUUUGAUAAGUUUUGAUGUAUGUAUCCACCCAUGAAAUCAUCACCACCAUCAAGAUAGUGAAAAUAUCCAUCACUCCUGAAAGUUUCCUUGUGCCCUUUAUGAUCCCUUCCUCUGUACCUCUCCAUCUCCUCAUCCACCAGGAAACUACUAACCUGUUUUCUGUCACUAUACAUUAGUUUGAAUUUUCUAGAAUGUUAUAUUGAUAAACUCAUACAACACAUACUCUUUUUUGUCUGGCUUCUUUUGCUCAGUGUAAUGAUUUGGAGAUUCAUCCAUGUUGUUGAAUGUGUCAAUAGUUUAUUCCUUUUUAUUGCUGGGUAGUAUUCCAUUGGGUGCAUAUACCAGUAUUUGCUACCCAUUCACCCAUAGAUGGCCGUCUGGGUUGUUUCCAAUUUGGGGCUAUUAUAAAUGAAGCUGCUAUGAACAUUCAAGUACAA